UCUCUAGUUCUCAACAAUUCGAUGAAGGAUUUUCUGAUUCGUUCGAUCCUAUUUUCGAAUCCAACAAUAUACAGCUCGAUGAAAUAAAUGGCGAUAAUUUAUUAAUUGAAGAAAUUAUCGAACUUUCAACCCGGCUUUCAUUUAUAAUAACAACUUAUUCAUUGAAGAACAAA